UUCCCUAUGAACGUAACAAUAAAUUAAGCAGGGUUUAUGCUGGUAAUAAUUAUUAGCUAUCUCAGGGAAUUACUAUUCCAGGAUAACCCAUGAAUGUCAGUGGGUGGGAUUUAUUUUUAUUGAGGUCCUUUAUAUGACCCACAACAGUUGGCUAACACCCAGGUGCUCAUGGCUUGGUUGGUAGCGUCCUCAGCUCACACACUCAGGGUCUGGCAUCAAUCCUGGGAUCAAUCCCUGGCAUGGGUGGAAAUGGACAUAUUUCCUGGGUGUUGACUGUUGUGGGUCAUAUUUCCCUCAAGGAAGGUUCCUUGAUUUAGGGAAUUGGAUCUGUGCUCCAGUUCCCCGAAUUAAGCCUGAAUGCCUUCCACAUCCCCCAUCCCCCCCAGGCGCUGUAUAAUCCUCCGGGUUUAGCGCUUCCCCUUGAUUAUAAUAAUAAUGUGGGUCAUAUUAGAUGCCAAGAUUAAAGGACAACAAGAGAAAUAAGCGCUAAACCCACUAGGGUCAUACAGGGACAGUCCUUAUUGAUGCGCUGAAUUUAUUGGGUUAUCCUUGGUGGCUAACCCUCUGGGUUUAAAAUCCCCAUAAAAUCUUACCUUACAUACUGCUAGUUGAAUAGGAAUAACAGGUGGGUAGAUUAUGCAUUGAUGCGAGACACUUUGGUAAAAACACACAAAUGCCGUUAUAUGGGACCAUCAUUGAUGUUUUGCCGACAAUUUGGUUUAUUAAAUUAAAACAAGACUGUAGUUAAUACAUGUAAUUGUUAUUAUUAUAAUAUGGGGGAGUGCUAAACCCAUAGGAUUAUACAGUGCAUGGGGGAGAUAGAAGGUAUUCAGGCUCAUUUCAGGGAUCACAGCACAGAUCCAAUUCCCAAGAUCAAGAGCACCUCACCAGCAUCAAAGGAACCUCCCUUGAGAGGUAAUACAAAUUCUCAUAAUUAUUCUAGGUUUGCAACAAUGUCACGGGCAGGAAGUAAAAUGCGAAUGAUGAAUAAGAUGAUGGAGAAAGUAAAGCACUCAAAAGUGAUGCGUACCACCAUUCCUGCCGGCAUGGCGGGAACUCACCUGGGACCCACGUUAGGACAGCGUGGUAUAAACAUUGCAGCCUUCUGUAAGGAUUUUAACACUCGAACUGCACACUAUAUAGAAGGUGUUCCCCUUCCGUGCCGAGUAAAAGUUCGGCCUGACAGAUCCUAUGAAUUAGUAAUACAUAACCCUCCUUCAACAUACUUUAUUAAACAAGCAGCUGGGAUUCAAAGAGGUGCAAUGAAGGCUGGUCAGGAAGUGAGUGGCAAAAUAACCCUUAAACAUGUUUAUGAAAGUAAGUCAAACACAGACCCCACUAACCUCACACCCUUAAAACAAAUCUGCGAGUUAGUUGGUUCAGCUUCGUGUGGUGUUGGGGUUGUGAAAGUGUUUUUCAUUGUUUCUUUUUACAGCUGUCAAAAUGAUUUUGUUUAA